AUGGCAGACGCACACGAGCAGCCCGAGAGCUCCACUGCCUAUUCUGAGACUAUCAGGUUCAAUAAGAGAACGCUUGAACAAAAAGUCAACACAUUUUUGGACAAAGACGAAGAGGAGUACAACUCCAGGAAGAAAGCUUUCCUCGACAUUAUCCGGGAAGAGACCCACCGUGAGGAAAAGAGGAAGAAGGAUAGGAACGAAGAGGAUAAGAUCAAAAAUGGUAGGAUCAAAAAGAAUAAGAUCGAGAGGAAUAAGAUCGAGAGGAAGAACAUCGAGGAAGAGAACAUUGAGAAAGAUAAGAUCGAGGAAGAAAAUAUCGAGAAGGAUAAGAUCGAGAACGAAAAGGCUGAGAAGGAUAAGAAUAAGGAAGAGGAGAUCGAGAAGGAGAAGAUUAGGGGGGAGAAGAUUAAGCAGGAGGAGAUUAAGCAGGAGGAGAUCGAGGAAGUUAUGAAGAAGUUUCAGGAGGAAUUUAUAAAGAAGCUCCUUCAGGAGCAAGGCCUUAACAGAAUCAGGUGGGCAAUUUUAGUCAGAGUCCCCUGGCUAAAGGAUAAUGGCUUGCCGACGGAGGAUAUUCUUUCAACGGUGGUUGAAAGCUUGCGCAGGGACGGUAUGAGUGAAGAGUUUAUUGACUCGGUGUCUAAUGAUAUACUGGCUAUUUCGGCUCAGAUGGAGACUGGCAAUGGUCAGACUCGGGAUGCUUAA